AUGGACAAAUGUCGUGAACAUUUCCGGGCAGGCCAGCUGCAGACCUACGCAUCCGUAGGUUGCGGGUUGCUGGGCCAAGAUUGGAUAAUAUUGGAGCAGAUGCGUCGCCAAAACAUGCUCCCACGUCGCGCAGUUUUUGUUGAGUUACGAACAGCGAAGCCGGUUAUGACAUGCGAAGGCGCAGAGUUUCCGAGGAUGAGAGAAGGUGGUGGCAUCAAUUUGCGCCAGACAGGGUUUUGCGGAGACUUAGGUCCGGACUUUUCUUUCAGCGCGGUGUUGCAGUUCAACAGGCCUGCUAGCAACUCCAGCAGUUUUCUCUUCGACUUCUCGGAUGAUGCUCGGCGAGAUGUUAUCUAUGCGGAAGUUGGCGGUGCUGAUAAGAUUGGCCAUUUGACCUUUGGAUGCGUCAUUGGCGACCAAUCGCAUCGUCUUCCUGUCGACGAUUGCUGGCAGCCAGGAGAUCAGGCGCACACCUUCCUGUUCACGAUCAGUGCCGUCGGGAUGUACAACAUCUACAAGGACGGACAGCUGAUCGCAAGAUCAUAUGGGCUGCCACCAGCGUCCGCUCCGAAACGUCACUUGCACGUGGGACAAUGUGCUCCGAGCUAUGGAAUGCAUCAUAGUUUUCAUGGCCGCAUCCAGAAGAUCAAGGUUGGGUGCGAUAAGCUGUUUCUAACAGUGAGAGUGGUGUGA